AUGGGAAAUUGUAAUAACAGCAAAGAUGUAAAUUUUGAUGAUGUUUCAUGUAAUCAUAAUCACAUUAUGUCUAGUGCCCUCCAAAAAUGAUUUUCAUAUGCUCUUUGUUAUUGGCAGAGGAGGAUUUGGAAGAGUUUGGAAGGCCGAGAAUAAAAAGUCAAAAUAAUUAUACGCUAUUAAAGAGAUGAGCAAAUGCAAGUAUGUACUAUACUAAUCUUAAGGAUUGUAAACAAAAAGAGCGUCAGUUCUGUGAUGAAUGAAAAAUAUCUGCUAUGUAAUUUAAGACACCCGUAAUAAAUAUGACUAAAUAGAUUUUUAGUUAAUAUGCAUGCCUCGUUUUAGGACAGAGAAAAUUUGUACUUGGUAAUGGACUUGAUGCAAGGAGGCGAUCUAAGAUACCACUUGUGUAAGCAGAAAAGAUUUACUGAAAAACAAACAAGUACAUAUUUAGAAUCUAUCCCAAGAGUUCUUCAUAGUUUGUCUAUUGUUAGCCUUGGAUUAUCUGCACACAAAUACAAUCUUACAUAGGGACGUCAAACCCGAGAAUUUGGUCUUCGAUAGAAAUGGUUAUAAUUCAAAUUCUAAAUUAGGUUAUCUAAGACUAACAGAUUUGGGUAUAGCCAGAAUCUGGAAACCUGACAAUGAAAAUGAUACUAGUGGAACUCCAGGCUAUAUGGCUCCAGAAGUCAUGUGCAGAUAAGCCCAUGGAGUAGCAUCAGAUUACUUUGCAGUUGGAGUCAUUGCUUACGAAUGCAUGUUCGGAAAAGUAACUAUUUUUAGUUCUAUGUAGAGACCUUACAUAGGAAAAACAAGAAGGGAAAUUAGAGACUAAAUUCUAGCUAAAUAAGUUCUAGUUAAAUUAAAUUAACUACCAGAUGGGUGGUCAGAAGAAUCAGCUGAUUUUAUUAAUAGAGCACUCUAAAGAAAACCUAGCAAUCGACUGGGAGCUAAUGGUCCAGAAGAAGUUUAAACUCAUCCUUGGUUCAAGGACAUUGAUUGGACUACCUUCUUUAAUUAAACUGCUGCUACCCCUUAUUAAAUUAAUGUAAUGUUCAUUUUACAUACUUUAGUGCAACCACGAUAAUUUUGAUGCUAAAUUUGCUAACAUGAAAGAGGAAGAAGACGAUCAAUAAAUUCAAUAAAAUGGCAUCAUGCUAAGGAGACAAUCUAUUUAAGAACUUUUUAAUGGAUAUACAUUUGACCAGACUAUUACUCAAAUUCCUUUGUAAGGUAAUUCUGCCACUAAACCAACAAUACCUCAUUUGAAUACAUAACAACUCACUUCGGCAAGAAGAACCAAUCAUGAAGAUACUAAUCCUUAAUUAUCACAGAUGUCAUCAAAAAAAUAUAAUUUGGUUUCCUCUACUCCAAGAUUGCAAACCAAAUCAAUGUCUUCUAGUUAAAAGCCAUAAACAGAUAGAAGUCAUUUUUCAAAUAAAUUCUAAUUUAAUUGA